AUGCAAUCAUCACCAUUCUUUCGUGAUAGUUUGAAGUCUUCACCAUUUGUCUCGUUAAUGAGCAAACGUACAUUUGGCGAGGCAAAAUCUCCACCAAGUCCUCUCUCUCCAGGUCAACAAAAACGUGUGCGUUUUCUCGUUGACAACAACAAUGAUCAGUCAGUUGAUGAAUCUCAAACAUCAAUUCUAUUUCGACAAACUGGAAUGGGAUCACGUACUGGAAAUAUCAAUGCAUUCGAUGACGUGGAAAACACUCGUCGAAUCACAUCGAACUUUCUCUUUGGUAAUACGAGUUCGUCAUAUAACUUUGGAUUGAUGAAUCAAACUGGAGUCGAUCAACCGAUUGACAAUACAAAUAAUUCCAAUAAUAACUUUACUUUUAUUCAAACAACUCAACGAACAAACCUUGCAAAUGAAAGCGGCAAUGAUGGAACAUGGCUAACAGUCUUUGGCUACCGAACAAACGCAGAUGCUCGGACAUUAAUAGAUGAGUUUAGUCAAUUCGGAGUUAUAGAAAAAUAUGUGAUUGUUGAUGAGUCGAAUAUAUUUCAUCUAAAAUUCGAAACUCGCCUUCAAGCACAACGUGCUCUCACAAAACAUGGACAUGUAUUCGGUCAAAUCAUGAUCGGUGUUCGAUACUGCACUGACAAAGAUGUGAUUGGGCUCAAACCGCAGAGUAGUGUCAAUAUUUAUCUUGAAAAUCCAUUUCUAGUGCGACAUCGGCAUCGUCUUGGUGCUUUACCGUCAGCACCACUCGCAGUUCAAAAUUAG